AUGACGGACGUCGAAGUCAAGACUGAGAAUGGAGGAGGCGACGCAAACUUGGAGCCAGAGAAUCUCCGAAAGAUUUUCGUCGGAGGACUCACCUCGAACACCACCGAUGACCUGAUGAGAGAGUUCUACUCUCAAUUCGGAGAGAUCACUGACAUUAUUGUGAUGAGAGAUCCAACCACAAAGCGAUCCCGUGGAUUCGGAUUCGUCACUUUCACCGCCAAGGCCGAGGUGGACGCCGCUAUGAAGCAACGACCACACGUUAUCGAUGGAAAGACUGUCGAUCCGAAGCGUGCCGUUCCACGUGACGACAAGAAUCGCUCCGAAUCGAAUGUGUCGACGAAGCGUCUCUAUGUGAGCGGAGUUCGGGAGGAUCACAACGAGGACAUGCUCACCGACUACUUCUCAAAGUACGGAAACGUCACCAAGUCCGAGAUUAUUCUCGACAAGGCCACCCAGAAGCCACGUGGCUUCGGAUUCGUCACAUUCGACGAUCACGAUUCCGUCGAUCAAUGCGUUCUCCAGAAGUCUCAUAUGGUCAACGGACACCGAUGUGAUGUGAGGAAGGGACUCUCCAAGGACGAGAUGAGCAAAGCUCAAAUGAGCCGCGAUCGUGAGACUCGUGGUGGAAGAUCCCGCGACGGACCACGUGGAGGUUACAACGGUGGAGGUGGUGGCUGGGGAGGCCCAGCUCCACGCGGAGGUCCAGGAGGAUGGGGAGGACCAGGAGGUGGCGGUCAAGGAGGAUACGGCGGAGGUAACUACGGAGGCGGAUGGGGACAACAAGGAGGCGGUGGUGCCGGAGGCCAAGGAGGAUGGGGCGGACCACAAGCCCAAGGUGGAUGGGGAGGACAGCAGCAAGGCGGUUGGGGAGGACCACAACAGCAGCAAGGAGGCUGGGGAGGACCACAGCAGCCGCAGCAAGGUGGCUGGGGAGGCCAACAGGCUCCAGCUCAACAGCAAGGCGGAUGGGGAGGACAAUCCGGUGCGCAGCAGUGGGCUCAUGCUCAAGGAGGAAACAGAAACUACUAA